UGUAGUAAAAUGAUCCGGCUGCUUGCCCUCGUGUUUCUGCUCGCGGUGGCAAUUGAGGCUCGCCAUGAAAAAUAUGAAGGCCACCACUUGUACCGCAUAUGGGGUCAAUCAGAGCAGAUUGGGUACUUGGAAGCAUAUUUGGACCUACUAUCAGUGACGCCGGCUCAAAGAGCAGAAUCCAGGAAGCUUGAAGCCUUGGUCAGGCUGUCGCCAGAGGAAAGAGUGGAAUGGUUGCAAUACUUUGAUGAAAACCAAAUGGGCUAUAAAAUAAUCUCCGACAACCUGGCACAGAUACUUCGGGCUGAAGAAUCUGAAGUUGGCAGAGCAAAAAAUCUUACCAACCCAAACAGCACAAUUACCUGGGAUACGUAUUAUAAUACGGAAGCGAUUAACAAAUACAUCGAUGAAAUUGGCGCUAAGUAUCCUAACCUGGUUACGGUUAUCAACGCUGGUCUAAGUUACGAAGGUCGUCAAAUCAAAUACGUGCGGAUAUCGACAACACGAUUCGAAAACUUACGCAAACCUGUCAUCUUUAUUGACUCUGCUGUACAUGCCAGAGAAUGGGUCACAGCACCGGUUGCUUUGUACUUGAUCCAGCAGCUAGUUGAAGGUGCUGAUAAGGAAUUGGCGGAUCGUGUCGACUGGAUCAUCAUACCCAUGUCUAAUCCAGAUGGUUACGAGUACUCCAUUAAUGAGGAUCGCAUGUGGCGCAAAACUCGCUCCAGGUCUCACGAGGGUGCUGACAAAUGUCCCGGUGUCGACGGCAAUCGUAACUUCGACCACCAUUGGGGUACGAGGCCUGGCGCCGCAGAUCCCUGUUCAAUCAUUUACGAAGGACCGUCACCUUUUUCUGAACCAGAGAUUCGUGUGAUAAGGGAUGCCGUAUUGUCAAAUUUGGAACGUACCGCACUUUCCAUCUCCCUCCACAGCUUUGGUAACAUGUUCCUGUAUGCUUGGGGAAAUAAUGGAUCACUUCCAUCAAACGCCCUAUAUCUCAACCUUGCUGGUGUUCAGAUGGCUACUGCAAUUGACAAGCUAAAGCUGGACAAAGCGCGGAACUAUACCGUUGGUAACGCUGCCAAGGUUUUGUAUUACACAUCUGGUACCUCACGCGACUGGACUCGUGCUGUUGGAAUCCCUCUUACAUACACCAUGGAGCUACCCGGCUAUGAUUACGGAUUCUUGGUCCCACCAAAAUAUAUCGAACAGAUUGUUACCGAAUCUUGGGCUGGAUUCGUUGCGGGCGCCCGAUUUGUGUUGUCGCGCCGAUAAGUUAU